CUCGUAUACCGUCUGGAUACGUGUGGUGUCAGUCUGCACCGUCGUCAGCCUGUCUCCGUCCCAGCCAUACCACGUCACCUCCGGUUUACGCGACAGCGACAUCCACCCCGUCAGGUCACGCUCCCGCCGCCAGACCCGUUUUGCCAUUCGCCGUCCCAGCGGGUCGUAGAGGUAGCGGCUCUCGACCAGUGGCUCGCCAUGCUGUAUCCGCGUGUAGAACACCAGGCGGUGCUGGCGGUCGUAGUGGUAGUGGUGGGUCCGCUCGUCGUCCGUCCGGAUAACACCCGCCGGGAUGCGGUCCGUCUUCUCCGUCAGCCUGCCGUAUUCAUCGUGGCGGUAGACAUAGUGCGCAUCCUCCGCGAUGCGGUUAUCCGGCCACACUGUGAGUGUACUGUCCGGGUGCAGCUCCGGGUCGGGCAGGCGGUUACCUGCCGGGUCUGUGGCAUACGGGAUGCGGAUAUCCAGAUUCGCUGCGGUGGUGUGAACGCUGGUCAGCCUGCCGGUGGUGCUGUAGCUGUAACUCCGGGUCUGGCGCGGGCUGCUGAUGCGGAUGAGUUCGCCGUUGUCGUUCCAGGUGUAAUCGCGGUCAUACUGCAGGCUGUUCAGGUGCUGGCUCUGUAA